GAAUCCGAUUUCGUUUUUCAUUCGAUUAGCACUAGUGUACUUUAGUAUUCCUAACAUGGAGAAUUAUCGGCAAUCAAUCGAUAUUUUAUAAUAAUCGAUGUAUAACUUUCAUUUUAGUUAGAAAUUCCUGAUAUAGUGAAGUAUAUGUUUGGAACGGAAGAUAAUAGUUCAUAUUAUAAAUAAUGCCCCUAAAAGACGUAAUGGUUCUGGAAUUCGUUGGGCUCGCCCCAGGACCGUUUUGCGGUAAAAUUCUUGCGGAUUUUGGUGCUUCUGUAUUGAGAAUUGAUAAGGUUUGGGCAAAUAACUUCGAUGUAAUGACACAUGGAAAGACGACUCUAAAUAUGGAUUUGAAAACGUCAGAAGGGCGUGAACUAGCACGAAAACUUGUUCAAGUUCAUGAUGUACUGAUUGACCCAUUUAGACCUGGUGUAUUGGAGAGUGUUGGCCUUGGUCCUGAUGUCUUGUGCACGGAAAAUCCCAGGUUAAUAUACGCUCGUUUAACAGGCUUUGGCCAGUAUGGCCCAUUAGCGAAACGAGCAGGACAUGACAUUAACUACCUAGGGAUUUCUGGUGUUUUGUCUAUGCUGCGUUCUCACAACAAUAUACCAUCUCCACCUUUAAAUAUCUUGGCAGAUUUUGCUGGUGGAGGUUUACUAUGUGCAAUGGGAAUUUGCUUAGCACUUUUAGAACGCCACCGUUCUGGUUGCGGACAAGUAAUUGAUGCCUCAAUGUGUGAAGGAGUGGCAUAUUUAUCCUCAUGGUUAUUUUUGUCUCGUUCCCUUCCCAUAUGGAAGAGUCAAUCAGGUCAAAGCAUGUUGGAUGGAGGUGCAUAUUUUUAUGAUCUAUACGAAACAAAGGAUGGGAAAUAUAUGACAGUAGGAGCUCUGGAACCAAAGUUCUUCGAACUUUUUAAAAGUAAAUUGGAAUUGCCUGAACUCUGCCAAUUUCCCGAAAAUCAAUAUGAAAAAGAUAUUGCUAUAGAUUUAGUAAAACAAGCAUUUUUGAAAAAAACGCAAGCUGAGUGGUCGGAUAUAUUUGAAAAUAACGAUGCUUGUGUUUAUCCAGUUGUGGAAUGGGAAGAUGUAGCCCAGCACAGGCAUAAUAAAUUUCGUACAACCUUUCAACGAUUGAAUGAUAAGUGGGUGCCUGUACCGGCCCCCUUACUGAGUAGAACCCCUGGAAGCCUGAAAAGUAUGACUACUCAUUCAGGAAUUGAAAACGUUUUAAAAAAUGUGGAGUUGAACAAAGGCAACAUAAAAACAAGCGAUACUUUGUUUCCAACGAAAAAAUCAAAAAUGUAACUAAAAUUUAUAUGGAAGGUUAUGUUAAUUUUUAUAGAUUGACAAUUUAAAAUAGCGUGAUCAAAAAUCUUAAAUAUAAGCAACAUAUAUAAUAUAACAUUCCGUACUCCAGAAUUAAUUAUUGCUUACCAGAAUUAAAAUGCCUAAAA